GGCCCCCGGAGCGGGGAGGUGGUCUGUGGGCUCUCUGGCCUUGCUUGUCGCUGGGGCCGGGAGCCCAGCACAGGCAGACACGGCAGCAUCUGCCUGUGCCUGGAACCGGUGGGAUCUCUGGUGUAUUGCAGUGGGUUGGGGCCGGCUUAGCUCUGCUGGGCUCUCUUUCACAGAGUUUGCAUUUAAACAAUUUCUCUGUUAAAUCAGCCUGAAUGGUUUUCUGUUCUACAAAGCCAGUUAAGUGUCCUGGAGAGGCAGAGCACUUCAGUGCAGCUUACAGGACCUGCAGCAUCAGCGUCUCUGGGAAGCCCCAGCCUUGGGGUGUGCUUAUGGGGGUCGCUUUGCUGUGGGUCCUCACUUUUCUUUACCAUCAGUAGGCUGGCAAGCAGCGCAGAGGAUUGGCAGCCCUGAACCCCAGCUCUGCUAACACUGGCAAAUUGCUUCAGCCCUUGUUUUUGUUUCAGAAUCAAAUUAUGCUCUGGAAGCAGAAGACUCUGGUUUCUUAGUGAUGAAGUUCUCUGUGCUCCGUUUGUCUAGUCCUGAUUUUUUUAGAGUUACAAGAAGUUGAAACAAACUGCUCACAGCCUCCCAGAAUGGCAGACCAGAAGCGCCUUGCCUACUCCAUCAUCCAGUUUCUACAUGACCAGCUACAGAAUGGGGGUCUGUCUCCAGAUGCUCAGGAGAGUUUGGAAGUGGCCAUCCAGUGCCUGGAGACAGCAUUUGGGGUCUCAAUGGAAGACCAAGGCCUAGCUGUGUCCCAGAGUCUUCCUGAAAUAUUUGAAGCUGCUGCAGGAAAGGAGCCUGAACACAUCAGAACAAAUUCGGAGCCCAUCACCCCCUCUGAAGAUGACAUAGCUGAAGCUGAAAGACUCAAGACUGAAGGAAAUGAACAAAUGAAGGCAGAAAAUUUUGAAGCUGCUGUGUCUUUCUAUGGAAAAGCAAUUGAAUUAAAUCCAUCCAAUGCUGUGUAUUUCUGCAACAGAGCUGCUGCAUACAGUAAACUAGGAAAUUAUGCUGGAGCAGUGAGAGACUGUGAAAGAGCUAUAGGCAUUGAUCCAAACUACAGCAAAGCUUAUGGCAGAAUGGGCUUGGCCCUCUCCAGUUUAAACAAACACACAGAAGCUGUUGUUUACUACAAAAAAGCCCUGGAGCUGGAUCCAGACAAUGACACAUACAAAUCAAACCUUAAAAUAGCUGAACAGAAAAUGAAGGAGACUCCUAGUCCAACUGGAGGUCCAGGAGGAUUUGAUUUAGCUGGCUUGCUGAACAACCCUGGCUUCAUGAGUAUGGCAUCUAACCUAAUGAACAAUCCACAAGUACAACAGCUCAUGUCCGGGAUGAUUUCUGGUGGCCACAACACCAUGGGAGCAGCAGGCACCAGCCCCUCCACGAAUGAUCUUGCCAGCCUCAUACAAGCGGGCCAGCAGUUCGCUCAGCAGAUGCAGCAGCAGAAUCCUGAACUAAUAGAGCAGCUACGAAGCCAGAUUAGGAGUCGAACUCCAAGUGCCAGUAACGAAGAUCAGCAGGAAUGAGCACUGCAGCGCAGUCCGUGGGAACUAUGUUCUUUGCUUUAAAAACUGGAAGCCAUGUGUGUGUUGCCAUUUCUUGAGUUGGAAGUGUCCAAGAGGGGGAAAAAAAAUAAUGGAAAAACAAAAUACUUUAUAUGACCUGCAUGUUAAAGACAGAUUCACGCUUUCUUUCCCUAGUCUUCGUCCCUGCUCCUCCCCCUCAGCCUUUCCAUUAGUCUUUUUUUCUUCUGGAAGAUCCAGCAAGCUGAACACAAACCAGCAUCAACAGUCUUUCUAAAGAAACUCAGAAAAUUAACUACACUAUUACAUUUCUAUGUUAUUUGCUACAUGGGAAUUUUUUAACCCGUUUUUGAAGAACGAUGCACUCUUCACUACAGGACGUCUUCACUUUCCUGCCCACGUGCCACUUCAAAGAAGUGUUCAAGUCCUACCUAACCCCCGUCCUGCCGCGUUUAAUCUUCCUGCCAGUUACGAGAUGGUAGUGUUUGAACACUCUGGAGAUCACAGGAUCUUCUUGCCUCCAGGAACAGGGUUUCUGUUGAUUAGAUUGACUGCGUUUCUCAUUCAGGUCUGUAGCAACAUUGCCAGUGUUGUUAAUACACAGGAGUUCGGUGCUCACCUCUCAAAGGUUAGUGUAAAUGUGUUGGGGGGGAGGGGGGUUGGGACUGGCCAGGAAGAACGUGCCCAUGUGCAACUGCUCCUUUAGUGAGUGUUUCCUGGUACGCUUCUUGGGGUUCUUUCCCAGUCCUGACAAAAUUUGUCUAGUGUUUAGUAAUUAUGGCUAUGUUGUUGGAAUGAUCCAAUCUGUGAACUAGUCAGGUGGACAGUAAGAAAGAUAUGAUGUUUUUGGUGUUUUAAAAGGUUUUUUUCUUCUGCUUUUUUAAUCUGUCUUUUAUGCAUGUAAGUAAUCAGCCUGGUUGACUGUGCUAAUGGUAGGAAUAGAGGGCGCCUGAGUAGGGAGCAGAAGGAAUAAAAAUGCUGCUUGGAUAGUCAGAAAUCAAGUGUUUGCUGGUUCAGUGUGGGGGAUCGGCGAGGAGCCGUUAUGCCUCGGCAUGUAGUGUGUGAGAUGAGGGAAAAGCUCCUGUAGCCAACUCGAGUGACCCGCAGCUUUCAGCCCCUCUAGAGUUACCCAUGUCCUUCCUUGGGUGAACAGAAGGCUCUGGCCAGCUCCCCUAGAAGUUGCUAGUUGAGGCCAGAGACUCUUAUAUCGACCUCAGAAUUGUUUUUAAAGUAGUUAUUCGAUUGUGGGGGGGAAGGCGUGUUCAUGGCCUGACUGCUGGGCAAAAAGCAUCUGGUCUGAGGGUGGGUAGGUGUGAGAUGGAAAAUGCCCUUUCAGGAGACCCGGUGGUGUGAGUGAGCAGGUAUAAUUGAAGAUUAAUAUCAAGAAAAAAGAUUUGUAAAUGCUCCAUAAAGUAAUAUGUGGUUAAUGUAACUUGUGAAGAAUAAAAUAUUUGGACACUU